AUGUAAAUUAGUAAUAAUAAUUUGCAGUUAGCCCUCACAAAGAUUCAAAACAAAGCAUUUAAUGUCUAAUGUUCUCCUUUUAGGCUUUUAAAUAUCAAAUACACUGAAGCAUCUACUUAAAGGCUGAAUGAAAAACCCAUAAAUAAUAUCCAAGAAUUUUAAAUCUAAGGCAGUAACUAUAAUGAGCAUUUCAACACUAAAAAUAGCAAGCAACCUAAGAAAAUGAAGGAAUCAAUCAAAGUUAUAUAAAUUGAUCUGAAACUUUAAAAGAAAAAAUUAAAAUCAACACCUAAAGAUAACCUAUAAGAUUAUCAAAAAAAACUUAUUAGUGAGAUAUAAAAAAUCGAAUAAGAAAUCCUAAAUCUCAGUUGA